AUGCCACAAUUAAACCUAUUUUCCUUUUUUUAUAUUUCAGUAAUCUCUUUUUCUAUAUUGAUGAUCACUUUUAAAUAUGAGCCUAUUUUAGUACCUGUUUAUUCUAAAUAA